UAGUUGUAAAAGGGUUCGUGGCUUGUCUCUCCUCUUGCCUUCAUCCCAGCAUACAGUCUCCGGCGGCUUAAACAGCCGCCGACCUCGCCGUUGUUAAAAAUGCUGAGCUCCAAAAAUUUAUGGGUCAAGGCUAGAUCGAAGAAAUCGAAAAAAUCGCGCGUAACCCAUUCCAAGAGGCCGAACUCAGCCACAAAGAAACAAAAACUUGAAUUCAAAAAGCAAGCUACAGGCGUGGCACCGCCGCCGCAUUCAUUAACGGAAGAGGAAGAAUUCGAGCAAACUGAAGAAGGUAAAUUCAGCUUGAAAAACUCGGCUCAAUCCCACUCUCACGGCGUCCAACCGUUGGGCAAUCUCUACUUCAGCUCUUCGCCCACCAAUUCUAGGAACUCGGGCCUCGGCAAUCUCCAAAUCCUCACAGAUGAGCUCCUUCUCGAGAUUCUUGCAUUUCUCAGCGGGACCCAAUUGGGGGUUUUAUCAACUGUGAGCAAAUCUUUCUAUGUUUUCUGCAAUCAAGAGCCUCUUUGGAGGAAUCUCGUACUGGAUACUUAUCAAAAUGGGUUCUUGUAUAAAGGGACUUGGAAAAACACUUUUGUUAGUUCUUAUAAAAGCUCGUUCAAGAUUGUUAGCAGUGGGGUUAGAGUUAGGGAUUUUUAUUCUGAUUACUUGUUUCAGAGCUGGCUCUGUGCUAAUCUUGAGAUGAAACCUGAGUGGGUUGAGAGGGAUAACAUAGUGAGGAGAAGGGGAAUUUCUGUUGAUGAGUUUAUACUGAGCUUUGAGGAGCCGAAUAAGCCAGUGUUGUUGGAAGGAUGUCUGGAGAAAUGGCCUGCAAUUGAGAAAUGGGACAGGGAGUAUCUGGUUGAAGUUUGUGGUGAUGAACAGUUCUCGGUUGGGCCGGUGCAGAUGAAGCUCGGGGACUACUUUAGGUACUCAGAUCAAGUGAAGGAGGAGCGGCCGUUGUAUCUUUUUGACCCUAAGUUUGCUGAGAAAGUUCCUCAGUUGGGGAUGGAUUAUGGGGUACCUGAGUAUUUCAGUGAGGAUCUUUUUAGUGUUUUGGGAAGUGAGAGGCCGGACUAUAGAUGGAUUAUUAUUGGGCCGGCAGGGUCUGGAUCGUCUUUCCACAUUGAUCCUAACUCGACCUCUGCUUGGAAUGCUGUGGUGAGAGGUUCCAAGAAGUGGGUGCUGUUUCCUCCUGAUGUGGUGCCGCCUGGGGUGCAUCCGAGCCCAGAUGGUGCAGAGGUUGCUUGUCCCGUUUCCAUAAUUGAGUGGUUUAUGAACUUCUACUGUGCCACGAAAAGUUGGGAGAAGAGGCCCAUUGAAUGCGUUUGUAAAGCAGGGGAAGUCAUAUUUGUGCCUAAUGGAUGGUGGCAUCUGGUUAUUAACCUCGAAGAUUCUGUUGCCAUCACGCAAAAUUUUGCUAGCAGGAGGAAUUUGUUGAACGUUUUGGAUUUUCUAAAGAGGCCUAAUGCGAGCAGUCUUGUGUCGGGAACGAGAGAUAGAGUCAAUCUUCAUGACAAAUUUAGGAAUGCUAUCGAUGCAGCUCUACCCGGAACGAUAGACGAGCUGAAAGUGAAAGCAGAGGAGAAAGAAAAGCAGGCCAAGAAGCUUUCUUUCUGGGAGACUGUUACUGAUUCCAAGGUGGGUGCCUUCAAGUUUUCCUUUUAGUUUUAGGUCUCACACACCACUCACAUUCUAUGUAGAACAAGUUCAUUUGUUUUCUUGCAACUACAGACGUGCAACAUUAGAGUUGAGAGAUUUAAACAAUCAUUUCAUCUAUCAUUAUUAGUCUUUACUCCAUCACAUUCAUUAUUUA